CCGAGACUCGGCAGCGCCCAUUUAAAAGACCAGCAUUUCAACGCUGCUGAUCUGAGCCCUGCUUGUGAAGGUGUGACUCCUGCCUUGUUUGCCAGGUGCUAGUCGGGCUCCUUCUCAAUCCCGGAUUAUCCGCUCCCUGCCAGUCUCCCUGCGGCUCCGCUCCAGCGGGGAGGUCCCCAACCAUUCAGUGCCCCCGGGCCUGAGCCUGCCCGCUCCUUACGCAGCAGGGGGACAGCCGAGGCACGGGAAAACAGAGGUCUGCUGAGGGUUCUACCAUUUUGAACACUGACCAAAAGAAUAUAGAUUUUUUUUUUUUUUUUUUUGUCCACUUGAAGAGACUGCUUUUAUAAUGUAUCCUGUUGCUGUUCCUGUGCCUUGUGGAGAAGAAAAUAAGGGACACUGUAGGAAAUUUAUUUUUUUCAUUUUUGUUUUCGGAGUUGUAUUGCUCUGUGCUGGAUUUCUGCUUUUAGUCUUUAUUUUCCAGUCCUGCCCAUCUGGAACCUUCAGUGACUCUAAUGCAGGACUGAAGGCUGUUGGGCUUGUUCUUGCUGUAGCUGGACUAGCUUGUGCCUUGCUGGCACGAUCGAGAGAGAAGUUUCACCUGAGACGGAGGCAGUUGCAAAAUGCACAGGUGCUCAGCCUAACUUCCUCUCAAAGGAGCUGUCAGUCUGCCCACCUCCUUAUCUUUGGAUUUUUGGUUUUAACUAGUGGAAUACUAAUUGGUAUCCUGGGCAUGUGGGUUCCUGGCUGUAGCCCAGAAUGGCAGCACCUGCAACUUAAUCAAACCAUUGCUUCUGAAGUCGGCCACCAGGGCUAUGGAUUUCUCUCUCUCCAAAUCAUGGGCCCUUUUCUGGUGCUGGCUGGAUUAUGUUUGCUUGUGAUAGCUUACACUAAAAGGAAACAGAAUUUAAAUCUUUGCCAAGAAUCCUCUGAAAGUGAAGAACAGCCUCAGAUUCCUGAAACAUUCCAGGCUACUGCAGAUAAUGCUGUAAUGGCAUUGCCACCCCCACCUUAUUUUAUUGAGACUCAAUCACUAAUCAUAGCUGCCAGGAGGACCACUUAUCACCAGGAUGUAAAUGAAAAUCCUCCAUCAUACCACAGUAUUUUUAAUAAUGGAGCACAGCUUGAAGGCAUUAAAAAAACUAUUGCUGUUGGAGAACACGAAUCAAUAUACACAAUUUCUAGAAGCUGUUUACUUCCAGAUAUUUUACGUAUGCUCUAUCUUUCAUCUGACCUGCCUCCAAGUCAUGGAGAAAAAGCAUUAACAAUAAAAUAAUGAGUAUAUCUGACUAUGCUUCUCAUCUGCAUCUUUAACUUCUUCCACACGCAGGGCUGUGAACUAAAACUUAAUUCUUAUAAGACAUGGUACACUUCAGGUUUUAAUUUUUUAUGUAAUAAAUAUUUUGUAUGAUUCUGUUUUUAAGAAAUGAACUUGUAUUUAGAGAAAUGCUAUGCAAAUCUAAGCAGUUAGACUAGUAGUUCUUGAAUAUAGUUAAUAACAAAAAUGUUAAAUAUUUAUCCUGGUCUGCUUAUGGCUCUAAGGUCUGUACUUUACUUUUUUAUUUUCUUUUUGCUGAACACACACUGCAACAGAGCACUAUUGUUUUGCCUGUUUUCAUCUAAUCAAAUACUGUGCUGCAAAGUAAAUGAUUAAAAACUUUUUUAAAGGAU